AUGAGCGCGAGUAACGGCGUGUUCGUUAGGAGGCUUAUGUGGGAGGAAGCAGCGGGUGUGGAGAGAGAGGCGGUCGCGGAGGAGCAGGAGGGUAGAAGCAGCGGAGGAGGGGAUAUGGCACAUGAUUUGAGCGGGGGAGAUUUGGAUAGUGAUUUCGACGUGGAAAGCGAGGAGGCGGAGGAGGAUGUGGAGGGAGAGGUGGAGGAGGGUGGGAAUGGUGGAGGCGAGAGUUACUUCAACGUUGGGGUUGCGGGUGACGACGGCCGGGAUGCGGCUGAUACGUGUCGCGAAGGCGAAGCUGACGUGGCCGCUGAAGCCGGAGCUGACGUGGAGCGAGCUGGAGAAGUCGCAGCGCACACACCGAAGGCUGACGUGGCAGCAGCGGAGAGCACGACGGAGGGGUUACUCCCCGACGAGGUCAUUCUCGAGAUCAUCGCGCGGGUCUCCGACGCGCGCGCGCGCAACUGCUGCGCGCUCGUCUCGCGGCGAUGGCGCACGAGCGAGCGCCUCACACGCACCUCCCUCUCCGUCCGCCUCUCCCUCGCGGACCUCCUGCAGCUUCCGCGAUGCUUCCCAAACGUGCGCCGACUAGACCUCUCGCUCUGCCCCCCUUGCGGGCAGCCGCUGCUGCUCGCGGGAUCCGCGCUUGAGGUCGCUACAACGCUCCGCGCGGCCUUUCCGCGGGUGGCCUCUCUCCGCGUGCACGUGCGGGACCGGAACGACGUGCAGUGCGUGGCGGCCACGUGGCCGGGGCUGGAGCACGUGGCUCUGAUCCGCUGGCACGAGUUUUCUGCAGCGGAAGCAGCAGCAGCAGCAGCAGCAGCAGAGCAAGGAGCAAACAACAAUAACACCGGAAACCCUAAUCUGAAUGCGAACCCACUAGGAACCCUAGAGCUGACCCCUUUGCUGGUGAUGUGCAGCCGAGUACAGAGCAUAGACCUAUCCGAGUUCACGUGCUUCCCUGACCAUGUUACUGAUGCCUUCACUGCCGCCCCCCAAGCCGCCGCCGACACCGCCGCCGCCGCUGCUGCUGCUGUUGCUUCGGCCGCAGGAGCAGGAGGAGCAGCAGGAACGGAACCCCCCUACAAGCCCACCCGCGCGCCUCUCCUCCGCCCCUCCGCGCCCAUCUCCGCCCUGCACCACCUGAACCUCCUCAAGUCCUCCCCAGGCGCCUUCAAAGCGUCAGACAUCCGCUCAAUCCUCUCUUCCGCCGGCCGCACCCUCCUCUCCUUCCGCUGCCUCGUCGAAUUCGACCCGCGCCUCUCCGAUUCCCUCUCAGACGAAACCCUAAUUGAGAUAACCGAGAGGUGCCCGGUGCUGACGGCGCUACAGCUGGUGGAUUCCUCGCUCUGGGCGGCGCCCUCGGGUUUGUCGCUGGCGCUCGGGGACCAUGACGACGCGCUGCCGCCCGAUAUGGAUGCAAGGGUUACUCCGGGCGGCAUUCGCUCGUUUCUAGUGCGAUUGCCGGGAUUGGAGGAGCUGGAUUUGCGGCCGGCGCAGUAUUUGAGGGGGGCAGAUGUGAGUCUGUUUGGCGGCGCUGCUGGUGCGUUUGGUGGUACCACUGGUGGUGGUGGAGGGAGGGGUGGGGUGACAGCAACGGUGAGUCUGGGGCAGCUGAGUCCAAACCUGAAGCGGCUGCGUCUGGGACAGCUGGUUUUCGCCCACAAUGACUCGCUGGCGCCAGUGCCUGCAUCAGGGGAAGGUACAUCCGGGGAAGGUACAUCUGCACAGGGAUCAUUUGGGAAAACACCCUCCUCCUCAUCUGCAUCAUCCGCAGCAGCAGCACAAGGAACCACCACCCCUCCCUCCACCUCCACCAUCCUCCCUCAGGGACUUGAAGCCUUAGACUUCUGGCAAGCCCCCUCACUGCCCCUGCGCUGCCUGCUCCCCCUCGCCCUCUCCUGCCCGCGACUUAAAGAGCUCAGCAUCUGGGGCUGCCCGGACCUGACCCCGCCGAGCCUGGAGGCCGUGGCUCGGGUGUGCCGGCACUCGCUGGUCCGGGUGACUGUAGUGAAGUGCUGUAAUUUGCCCACAGCAGCGGUGCUCAGGGCUCUUUCCCCCGUUAGAAGCACGCUGCAGCACCUGCACUGCUCCUGCGACUGGUUCUGCCCGAACAGCAGCGUGGCUCCCGUUUCCCCGGUUCGAAGCGGUGCAGAUGGAAAUGGCGACGGUGCUGAUGGUACUGGUGCCGGUACUGCUGGUGGUGCUGCUGGUGAAGGGGCAGGGGAUGGCAUGGUGAAGCAGGCAAGGGGGGAGGCGGCGACUGGAAGGCAGGGCGGGGACUGA